CAUAAAAUACCAACAGUAUCAUUAUGGUGUUCAUGGAAAUCAAUUGUAUCCUAAUGUACCUGUCCAUUUUUCGUUGCAUUGAUGGUUCGCCAGUGUCCGUAAUAUUGUCUGCACCACAACAUACACCGGAAGGUCAACCAUUUCAGCUGAAUUGUUCUUCAAACAUUGCCCCUGUUGGACAGUCUGCUGAAUUUUUGGUAAAUGGUGAAACACUAACUUAUAUCAGACGUCACAGAACUAUGUGUUUUAACACUGCUUUAGGAACCGAAUGUCGAACCGGGAUGUGUCGGUGUUCCUUAGAUGGUCGAUCGUACGCUAUAUAUCACAAACUCAGUAAUGUCAAAACUGCUAACGAAAGCUUUACAUGCAAAAUGACUUUCCCAAAUGAGAUGGUAAUUGUUUCUAACGCUGUCAGUGUUUCAAUAAUAGAUUUUCCAACGUUGAUUAUGAACAGCAGUUUCCUUUGUAAAGGACCAGGAAGUGUUACAUUAGUAUGCUCUCUUGAAGGAACACCUGCAGAAUUUGAAUUUAUAGAUUGGAAACACUCUUUUAAUGGUACUUUCGUCCGUUAUUUGAAAGGAAUCAACGAGGGAAGAUUCUUUUUUCUUUUGUUGAAUCAGUGCAGUUACCAAGAUGCUGGUGAAUAUGUUUGUUCUGUAUGGUAUAAAGUACAAAAAGAAACCGUAACGGUACAUAAAAGUACAACAUUAUCGAUUUUAGAUAAAGCAGUUAUAACAGAAAAAUCUGCACGUCGUCAAGGGUCAAAUCUUGUUAAUGUUAUGUAUUCAGUGCUGUUCUAUUCAUCGUCACCAAUUCAGUCCGUGGAGUGGUUUCAGGAAAACAACACAUUCCCGUACCCAUCAAACGAAUUCAUUAUAAUGCAGAUGUCUGUUUACAUAAACAUGCAUGGAAAAACAGUUGAAGUGAAUGGGUUGAAAAGUGAGAUGUUGACUAAAAAUGUGAACAACUUCCCCCCAAAAAAAGCUAUUUGCAUAACGAACAUAUAUGGAAAAACGUGCGAAGAAAUACUGUACAAUGAAAAAGAGGAAAGUAGCUUGAAUGUUUUCUGGAUAAUGUUAGGAGUUGUCAUAGUUGUACUUGUAUCGGGACUGAUAACAGUGACGGCUUCUCUAUCUAUGAAAAGGAAGAAACAGACUGAAAGAUUAAUUUAUAGAAUAGAAAGUUCUAAUGGAAACGCUGUUUUAUCAGAAAAUGAGAAUCAGUACAUUGAACCAAAUGCCCAACAUGAUGUCCAUCUCUAUGAAGCUCGUAGCCGACCAUACAGUGAGCUUGUACCUUACCAAACGACCAGAGUGUAUGAGACAUCUCACGGGUACCUGGAAAUACAGGCUGGUAUGGAUAUGGAUACUUCAAGACGUAGUAGUGAUAAUUAUGAAAAAGUGGAAUAAAUGUCGUUUUAUGUUGAUGGUCGUUGUUGGUCGCGACUUUGUUGUAAAAUUCUGUUAUACUUGUAACAUAAGAAUAACAGGCGUACUUGGGGAUUACAUUUUAAUGAAAAACUUAUGUACAAAAGUUAAUGCAAACAAGUUGAAAUGUUGAGAUUUAUAUUGUGCACUGAGAUUAUUGAUGUGUAAAAUAAUAUUGCAAGCAAAAUGUCACUUUGUACUAUAAAACUAAUAGAAUCACUUGGGAGAAUUUUUUAAUCAAUAUCUCAUUCUAAGUUGAAGUCAUUGAAUGCUUCUUUUUUCAGAAAAAAAAUUAAACUAACUCUAUAUAAACUGCAUGUGCUCGAAGCGCUUUUCUGGAUUAACCUUCAUCAGAAACGCUUAAGGCUGAAUAUUUUGAAAACCAAGGAUGUAUAUGAAGCGUAACAGUUGAAAGAGAUACCUAAAGAUACUUAAAGAAAUUGCAAAAAUGCAAAAAAGGUAUGGGUUACGGCCCUUGACUAAGGUAACGGAUGUGUAACUACUUAAAGACAAAAAACGUAAUAAACUUUGUUUUCUCAUCGACAAUCACUUCAUAGUAUAUAGCUGCUUGCUUGUAUGUAGUUCUAGUCUUUAAGUGACUAAUUGUAGAAAAAACAGCUUUAGAAUAGCUGAAUUCAGGCAAGUUAUGGCAAAAUCUAAUGAAGAAAGUGAACCCAAAAUGGCGUCCUAUGCAGAAAAAAUUAAAACAGACCCUAAAACAAUUGAACCCUCAGACAUGGUUAGUGUUAAACCUGUAUUUACAUUGGAAUCAGAUUAUACCUGACACACACUGAAAUGUACAAAGCUGUCAGCGAAGUUGUACCUGAUAGAACAAUUAUUGGUCUUCAAAGAAUCCGAGGCUUAUGGAGAAUCUACAUUGAUGACGAAUCUGAAAGAGGUAUCCUUAUAUCCAAAUCCAUCACAGUUCGUGGUAAAUCAGUCUGGACUUACUCAAGAAGUCCACGUGUGACUGCACAUGAAAACAUUAACAAUGUACGAAUAAGAGUAAAAGACGUACCUCUUUACGCAGACGACGGACAAUUUAUUAGGGAGAUGGAAAAAUACGGUUGCGCAAUUUUGAGCAACUUUCGAGAACGAUUAAGAUACAACAACAAACUGACCAACUGCCUAACCGGAGACAGGAUCAUCAUUUGUGAUGGACCGCUAACAGAGCACAUCCCAAGAUCCAUUCUCAUUGGCAAAUAUAGAGCCACCAUCCUCUAUCGUGAUCAGCCUACAAACAACUUUCAAAAUAAGAAAUGUUCGAAAUGUCUGCAAGAAGGUCACAAAAAAAAUGAUUGUACCAAUGAUUGGGUAUGUAGAUCAUGUGAACAAGAAGGACACAAACAAAAUGCCUAUACCAAAGAUACUUUCUCAGACGUACCUGAACAAUCAGAUAAAAAAACAAAAAAGAAAACAAUGAAACAAGUGAUGCGGAUGAUGAAAUUUCCGAAUCUGAAACUGGCACUGAUGGAACACAAAUAUCCGUCCAAACCAACAAUGCUGUAACAUGUGAAAGUGCAUCAGCUACCGGAUGUGAAGGCGCAUCAGCUACUGGAUGUGAAGGUGCAUCAACUACUGGAUGUGAAGAUGACAAUGGACAGUCUCAAUCUAUUAUCAAUCCUGUAGCUGAUCCACAAAAACGAAAGAAAAUUAAAAAAAAGAACAGUAAUAAAAAAGAUGAUCC